AAUCGUGGGGCGUAUAAGGAAGUCAGUUGAUGCGGAAGACAUUAAACAAGAUUUGAAGACAACGACCAUAGGCCCAAAAUGCCAGGGAUAAAAGUCUGCAUCUUGGGAUCGGGAAACUGGGGUUCUUCGAUUGCCAAAAUCAUUGGGUGCAAUGUCAGAUCAUCCAACCGGUUUGACCCAGUGGUGAACAUGUGGGUUUAUGAAGAAAUGAUCGAUGGGAAGAAGCUUAGUGAGAUAAUCAACACGGAGCAUGAAAAUGUCAAAUAUUUGCCUGGUCACAAGCUGCCAAAGAAUGUGGUGGCUGUUCCAGAUGUCACAGAGGCCGUGACAGGAGCAAAGUUGCUAGUUUUCGUCACCCCGCACCAAUUCGUCAGCUCACUUUGCGACCAAAUAAAGCCUCACGUUGCAGACGGGGCGAUCGGCAUUUCACUCAUCAAAGGCAUCAACGAAGGUCAAGACAGAUUGCAUCUAAUCUCAGACAUCAUCAGAAAGGAACUGGAAAUUGAGGUCAGCGUCCUGAUGGGGGCCAACAUUGCUAGUGAGGUGGCAGAUGAGAAGUUCUGCGAAACCACAAUUGGCUCAACAAAUGAGGCAAAUGGACUUAUCUUCAAAGAGCUGCUUCAGACUCCCAAUUUUCGCAUUACUGUGGUGCAGGAGAGUGACACAGUGGAGCUGUGUGGAGCCCUAAAGAACAUCGUGGCAUUGGGGGCCGGAUUCUGUGACGGCCUCGGAUUUGGAGAUAACACCAAAGCUGCUGUGAUCAGGCUGGGUUUGAUGGAGAUGGUUGCCUUCGCCAAGUUGUUCUGCAAGGGCCAAGUGAGCGCCAACACCUUCUUGGAGAGCUGCGGCGUGGCAGAUCUUAUCACUACUUGCUACGGGGGACGAAAUCGCAAAGUUGCAGAGGCCUUUGUCAAAACUUCCAAGUCCAUCGCAGAGCUGGAGGCUGAAAUGCUAAAUGGCCAGAAACUACAGGGUCCACAAACCUCGGCUGAGAUAUACAAGAUUCUACAGAAGAAGAAUGUGGUCAACAAGUUCCCACUCUUUGCAUCCAUAUACCAGAUCUGCUUUGAAGGCAAAGAGGUGAAGAAGUUCAUCACCUGCCUUCAGAACCACCCAGAACACUUGUAGCCUAAAGUGACUACACUACAGUAGUGUGUACUAAUGUCCUACUGUCGAAAUUUUGGACCAAAAGGGGUCCACAAGUCUCAUGAGCUGAAAAUGUACAGCCCAACAAACCAGCACUUUUAAAACUGAAUUAUUAUAAUUGAUGAGUUUUGUUUAUUUUUGUUAUUUUUAUGUAAAUUAGAUUCAACAUUUCAAAAUAAAAGCCUUCUGAAAUCUU